AUGGAGUCGGAGACGCGGGUCGAGCCUCCGCAGCAGCAGCAGGAGGAGGCUGCAGCCGCGGAGCCGCCCAUGCACAGCGUCCACGGGACCAACCGGAUCCGGCCGUCCUCGUACCGGGCCCUGCGCAGCGCCGUGUCCAGCCUGGCCCGCAUCGACGACUUCAGCUGCGAGAAGAUCGGAGCGGGCUUCUUCUCCGAGGUGUUCAAGGUGCAGCACCGUGUGUCGGGUCAGGUCAUGGCCCUGAAGAUGAACAUCCUGGCCAGCAACAGAGCCAACAUGCUCAGGGAGGUGCAGCUCAUGAACCGACUGUCCCACCCCAACAUACUCAGGUUUAUAGGAGUGUGUGUGCACGAGGGGCAGCUCCACGCUCUCACUGAGUUCAUCAACGGGGGGAACCUGGAGCAGCUGCUGGGCAGCAAUGUGUACCUGUCGUGGAGCGUGCGCCUCAGCCUGGCUCUGGACAUCGCCCGCGGGCUGCAGUAUCUGCACAGCAAGGGCAUCUUCCACAGGGACCUCACCUCCAAGAACUGCCUGGUGCGCUGGGAGAGCGGCGUGUGCUCGGCCGUGGUGGGAGACUUUGGCCUGGCGGAGAAAAUCCCAGAUUACAGUGAGGAUGAAGACCAGGAGCCCCUGGCUGUCGUCGGCUCCCCCUACUGGAUGGCCCCCGAGGUGCUCCGAGGAGAAGUGUACAAUGAGAAGGUGGACGUGUUUGCGUUCGGGAUCAUCCUGUGUGAGGUCAUCGCGAGGAUACAGGCCGACCCUGACAUCCUGCCACGUGCCGAGGACUUUGGUCUGGACGUUGAGGCCUUCCAGCAGAUGGUGGGAGACUGUCCCUCAGAUUUCCUUGAACUGGCCGUAACCUGCUGUAAUAUGUCUUCAAAGCUCCGUCCCUCCUUUUCCCAAAUCGCAGAGGAGCUGGAGAGGAGGCAGGCGGAGAGGAAGCAGAAGGACGAGGUCAAACCCGUCUCUCCAGCCGUCGGGCCCCUGCGGAGUUCCCUCUCCCGCCCGUCGGACCCUCGACUCUCCCGCAGCAAGUCGGACAUGCUCCACCCCCAGGACACGCCCCCCUCCGUCCACCUGGCGCCCCCCGCUCGCGUCAACCCCUUCUCUCAGCGGGAGGACCUGAACGGCGGCAAGAUCAAGUUGUUCGACACGCCCAGCAAGUCGGUCAUCUCCCUGACCUUCACGCUGCCCCCCCCGCCGGACUUCGACGACCCCUCAGCCUCGGAGGCGGACGGAGUCAACCUGCGCAGGAGACACCGGCGCUGCCACUCGCUGCCGUGCACACCGCCCCCCCACAUCACGUCUGCCCCGAACACCGCCCUCACCGAGGAGGAGUCCCCGUCCGAGAGGAAAGGUGAAAUAAAUCGAGAGAGCUACAAAGACGCGCUGAUGGAGGGGAGGGAGGCGGGGGAGCAGAGCAGCGAGACGCAGCUGGCAGGAGACUCGGGUCUCCCUCUGUCUCUCGAGCCGCAGUCCCUCGACCAGGAGGAGGAGGAGGAGGAGAAGGAGGAGGAAGAGGAGGAGCAGGAAGAGGAGGAGCCCAUGGACUGCACCAGCUCUCCGGACACACAAGACGAAAGCACUUCAUCUCCUUACUCCGAUCCCUCGCCUCCUCCCUCACACUCCUCCACUCCACUCCAGCCCGCCACCCCUCCCUUCUCUAACGGCUGGGGGUCCGCCAUCUCCAACGGGCCCCCGUGCCUGCCCCCCCUCUCCUGUUUGGACAACAACAACGUGGUCGUGAGCCGGCCGCUGGGAUGGAGCACCUCGACCCCAACUGCCACCACCACCACCACCACCACCAACAACAACGGCUACCACUCACCUGGAGACCCGGCCGACUCGUCCCCCUUCAGCAGCGGCCACUCCCUGGACCAGGAGGAGGUGGUGUCCUGUCCCGGCUGCUGCCUCGCCGGCUUCCGCUUCCCCUCGCUGUGUCUCCGAGCUCCGCCGCGCAGGAACCCCUACAAGAACCUGAACGGGGACCACGCCGCCUCUCGGGGGCUGCUCAGUCCGGGACCCAAGGGCCUGCCGCCCUCCCCUAACCCCACCACCACCACCACCACCACCAGCCUGGCGCCGGGCCUCGCCUUGCCGGGGGCGCAGACAUAAGCCCCGGCUCCUCCACACCAAACACACGAGUGGAGACUCUGCACCGAAAGAUCUUCCCUGGAAACGAAGUGGCUCUUCUUUUGAAUUUGCACAGAUUUGAACACAGCAAUACUCUGCUUCUCCUCCAGACACACUGUGCGGUGCAGAGCUCCACCUCCUCCCGACCUGGAGCGUGGCUGAGUGGUGGUGGUGGUGGUGGGACUGGGAGCUUUCUCUCUUGACUUUCUCUUGUGUGUGUCGCCCUCUGCUGGGCUGAGGGCGUCGGCUGUGCCUGCGUGGAUGAGACCGACGAGCCGAUCCGCAUGUGGACACUCGGGGGGGCGGUCGAUUCAGAGCCUGUGUAUUUUUGCAGAUGUCAAGAUUCUUAUGACUGAUGACGAUGAUGCUGGAAUGAGGAAUGUUAAGCUUAGUAUUAUUACUGUUGCAAUGAUUUGUUGAUGUUUGGUGCUGUUUCUGAAUGAACAGGCAGUUUUUGCUUUUGUGUCUUUAAUUAUCAAGGUGUAUAGUGCACUGCUCUGAGAUAUAUAUAUGUGUGUGUGUGUGUGUGAAAGUGUGUGUGUGAGUGAGUGAGAGAGCUGUACACCGACUCUUUUGGUUUCUGUAUGAUUGGUGUCCUCCCUCCUGGUGAAGCACUUCAUCUGUAUUACUGUUGUUAAAAAGGAAGCUGUUGAUGUUAUUAUUACUUUUGGGAAUGAACGGUCGAAGACCUGCUUAAGAGAUGUACAGAUUCUUAUUAUUUAAACAUGGCAUUGAAAUAAAACGAUAGAAUGCA